ACAAUUCAGACCAAAUAUAACUAUGUAUUUCUUCAUGAGGUAUUAUGGUAAAAAUAACCAAAGUGCAAACAUAACAUUUAAUAUACUUCGGACUGUCAGACGCCCAUUACAUCAUUCCACUGAAGACAUUGUUCUUCCUGCCAAGAUUGAGCUAUUAAAAGACAGAAUUCAUCAUUAUAUUUAUGCAAGUAAAGGUUACGAGCUGCAAGCAGUCAAUGCUGGAGUGCCGCGACCCUCGCAAAUGGCCAAUCCAGCUUUGCCUGGCCAGUCUUUUAGUGAUCAUAGCAAAGUAUAUUUUGGAUGGAGGAGUCCAGAGCUUUCUUUUUCCUCUUCCUCAAUAUUUUUGAAAGGCUACAUGGCUCUCAAGUUAUAUCUUCAUGACAUUGUGCAGCCAAAUCAUAGACCAGCUUUUCGUGCACUAGAAAGAUUCUUCAGUGAAAAUGAAAGACACGAGGAUUGUUUAUCGAGAUACUUGCAGAAGGAGAUAUCAUUAAAUGACACCAAAGUGUCAUGUGUUUUGACUCAGCAUUUGUUAUCACAGUUGCUACCACAUCCAACAAAUUAUAUUUUGGAUACACAUUCAAAAGGAAAAAGUGCUGAGUGUCCUUGUGAAUGUGGAACACCCAUGUUGUAUGGUACAACUUUAGUUGGAAGCCCAGAUCUAUUUUAUGGGAAUGCUGAUAUAGUUCUUUUUCCAUCUGACAAAGAUUUAUUCAAUGAUGUCAUGGAUGUUAUGGAAACCUCUGCAAUAAUAACUACACCUAAAUAUUUCUUUGAGAAUGGGUAUGAAGACGAUGAUAUAGAUGGAGAUGAAUUUGCUAAUAAAGACCUUCCAGAUGCUCUUCCAGAUGAAGCCACAAAAUUUGAUCAGGUCUUGAUGCAGGCUAUUUCAGUCUCGCUCUGUAAACACAGACGAAUAAAAAACAAAAUUCAAACCAAAAAUAACAUUUCUGCAGUUCCAGUAUGCCAAAUUACAAAGGAAACUUACUGUGUGGCACUGUAUGAUGCUCAAUAUGACUACUUGUUGAGAACAAAUAAAGCUUUAAAUCUUUUUGAUGGAAAUAAUCUUCGAUUUGAUGCAGUGUUAGAUUUGUGGCUUUUAAUUCACCAUAACUUAUUUUGUUCUACACCUCAUCAGAAAGUUUUGAGGGAUUUUAAAGGGACUUGUGACCUUAUUCCACAACUUGGAAUAGAUAAAUAUGAAAACAUUGUUCAAAAUUCAAGAUUGCUGUAUAUGCCAGAGAAUAUGCAACCUGACAACUCUGAUGAUGUUUCAACCCCUAAAAUUACAGAUGUUGGCGACUUGAGCUGGUUAGAUAUAAUAACAAAGAAGAUUGAUUCAAUGGACCCAUCAAUUGAAAACUAUGACUCAUGGUUUGAUGAUUGGAUGGAAGAAGCUGUGGAAAAUUCAGAGAAAAGCUCACCUGAUGGCCAUCAUCAUCAUCAUCAUCAUCAUCAUCAUCAUCAUCAUCAGAAAGAUAUAUGUGACAGUCAGAAGAAGAGUGAAGAAAACGGGCCAGGUUGCUGAAAGAUCAGUAUCUAGGACUGUUACAAGUUUUUUGUAAGGUAUCCAAAAGGGCAGCGAGAUAAGAAGCCAGAAAAGAAAAUGACUAAAAUGCUUCUUAGAGAGAUUUUCGUGACGAACACGCCGUACUCAUUUCAAAGACCACCAUGCAAAAUCUGCAAAGAAGAUAAAUGUUGUGAAUUGUUACACAAUUCUCAAGCCAAUGGAUUGCCAGUGAUACCCAGAAUAAAUUAUCACACGGAAAAGAACAUAGAAACAGGAAUGUGCCCAAAUUUGAACAGGAUAAUAUUUUUGUGGUUUUUGUUUUGUUUUUAUUCACACAAUUUAUGCAAAUACUGUUAACUCUUAAUAAUUUCAAACAAUAGUAAGGUGUAUCUAAUUGUAUUCAUAUUUUAAAAGUCAAGAUUGAGGUAUGAUUGCUUGAAAUUUAACACUGCAUUGAUGCAUAUUGGCCUUUUUGCGGUAACAGAUUUUUUGUAUGGUAGCAUUACUAAAUGUAACAUAAACAAAAUUGUCAUGUAAUAAAUCAUUGUGAUACGAGUUUGACACGAAGUAAUGCUUCAUUAAUAAGCAUAUUCUAAUGACACAUGAUUAUAUUGUUUAAUUAAACAUGACUGAAUUGUUUAACAAAUCUUCCUUAACUCGUUUAAAUACUCUUAUAGAAAGUUCAAUAAUAUAUCGAUCUUACUUUUUAAGUCGUGAUCAAUAAUAGCUUAUACUUAAACUACUUUGAGACAUAAUAUGAUUUGUACACCAAUAUACAAUGCAUGUGCGCAUGCAAAUUAUAAAAAAUGUGCAUAGGUAAACUUAUUUUUCAAGCAUACACAUCAUUCUAUAUGCUUUACAUGAAUCUGUGUGUACAAAUAUUUAACACAUGAAAACAUGAAAACAUGAGUCUUUAAGGUUCAUGCUAAAGAAAAGCUUAUGGACUAAGCCGAUGGUUUUGUAAUUUGUUGAUUUACGCUUCAGCUGACCCAUUUUUUCCAAUUUACAGAAAGAAAAAAAAAUUGCAAUUGAAAUUUCAUGCUUUUUUCCCCCCUCCCCCACCAACUCUACUAAUUCAUUAUCCCUGAAAUAUAAAUAAAAAUUAUCUGCGUAGAAGCAUUCACCUCAAAUUAUGUGCGUUAUUGUAAUAAACAGAAAUUAUACCACAUUGACCGUUGUGUUAAAUAAAAGUCUCAAAACAAUUCAUGGCGUUUGUGAAUUCUAAAAAUAGGAAAUCAAACAGAUCUGGAAAUGUUGUUAACGCAAAUAACUUUACAGAAUGAAAUGUAUGUUUACACAAAGUUGGUUUUCCUAUCCUUUAUUUUCUUUAUUCCUUGAGAUUUUAUUUUGAAGCUGUUUCAUCCUUGUUUAUGAAAUGGACCUGUCCAAACAGGAAAGACCUGAAGUCAAAAGUAAUAGAAGAUAAACACAAACAAUUUGGAAUUUUCUUGAUUCAUAGAUUGUACAAAAAUCUUUCUUUCAUUUGGAUAACAAAAAAGUGGUUAAAUGGCAAAAAGACGAAACCAAUAUCCCCAUCUGUUACAUUUGACAGGUCUACUUCGCUAGUGGUAAACUACUUUUUUCAUGUUUUCAAUUUUUUUCACAUGCUAUACUACGAGAAGCUCAUUAUUUACCGUGUUUGAUAGAAAGCAACAUAAAGCUAAUUUUCAUUCAUCGUGAAAUGACUAUCUAUGUCCCAUUUGUAAAUAAACAUAACCACCCCUUUUUAUGAACUUAUAUGAUGAUGACAUGAAUUGUAUGAUUAAUACAGCAAUAAAAAAUGUUUGGCACUAAAAUAACACAAAUAUUGUUUGAAAGAUGAAGUACAGAGUAAUUCCAUAAAUAUUUGUGUUUGUAAAAUAUUUUUUUUCUUUUUUUUUCUGACUGACCGACUUGAAUCUUUCAAAUAAAAAAACCAUAAACCAACAAACUAUAAAAUUCUUGCCUAGCAAAUUAUUAAAGGGAUGUUAUGUUUGAAAAAUAAAGAUUGAAAAUUAUAAAAAUAAUAAAAUAAGACUUUUUAAAGCAGCACACAGUAAGCAAAUGCAGUAAAGAUAACAAUAAAACUUAACACCUAUAACGCUUACAUCACACAUUGAUUAAGAGUAAUUUCACAGUAUGAAUGGUUAUUUGAAAGUAAAAUGUAUAAAUGUAACGUGUAAUUUAACAAGUUGACUUGAUUUAAUCAUGAUCACAAACAGAAUAUUAUUCCAAAUAGAUAGAUAUUUCAAAUGCUUAUUACUAGUCAUUAGGUGUUAAAACUUAGGUACACGUUAGCUAUUUCAAAUUAUGUUUUCUUGGGUAAUUAUAAUGUUUUAUAAAAGAAGAUUUUAAAGGCUUUCAGCCAAUGAGAAAACUGAAAACGUACAGUCAUAAUAAAAGAAGCUUUUUGUGCA